GAGUGGUAAUUCUCGCAAAUUGUGACUCCGUCGACGAUGGCAACAAUGGAGGUGAUGAAUUCGGCACCAAUUUGAAGUAGUGUUGUCAGGAUUUGGGAGUACCACUAGUAAAAAUGGAGUAUCGUGCUUUUUGAACAAUCAGUAUCGGGCUCUAGAAGAUGGGGGAUGACUUUUUUUUUUAAUUAUUUUUUAUACAACUCAUAAGAAGACUUUGAAACAUCUUGGCUGAAGUAAAAACCGCAAAUGACAAUAGCGGUUCUUUACUAAAACCGCUAAUGUCACUAGUGGUUUUAAUAAAUGAACCGCUAACGUCAUUAGCGGUUUUUAGCCUCGGAGAAUCCAAAAACCACGAACCUUAUACUAAUCCUACAUGGAUGGUAUUUUGAGAAAUAAUUUUUAAACCAACUUAUAUGAGGAAUUAGUUUAUAUUUUAGCAUUAUUUAUGGAAAUCGCUCUUAAGAUAAUUGUUUUCUACAUGUGUCAUUUAACCUAAUUUUGGUUGAAUUAUUCAUAAAUUAAUACAAUACAAUGAGGUAUAUAUAAAGACACCCGUCAAAAAAAAAAAAAAAAAAAAAAAAACCUUACUUAUCUUACUUAAAAUUGGUGUUGACAAUGAUCUCCUCAAAAUCAAUCUCUGAUCUUGAUCGAUCGUUCAAAAACGACGAAUCUGAUGGCCGGCAAUUUGAUGUUUCCUAUGGUGAUGGUGAUGAUGACUGCCUUUCAGAAAAGAUCGUAUUGAAUAUGAACCGGGUGCAAUUGGAUGAUCGUGACGUCAACGAGGAGUCUGAAGAAGAGAAUGAGGAAACGACUACCACUUAUGAACCUUUUUGGCCAGCUGAUAGUGACAUCGGUGACAUUAGUGACAUCAUUGACAUCAGUGAUAACGGCGAGGUACAUUUCUCGAAAUCAGCAUCGUUUACAACCUCAAUUUCAAAACUACGUGUUAUUACUUGCAAGAGGCGAUUGGUCGAAGGUUUUAAAAGACCAUUUUCGCAUGGAUGCUGAACGUGCUUUGACAGUAUAUGAUAGUGAAAAUAUGAUGAAAACCCUGGAAUUCAGCAUUGUGAACAUAUAAGUUGCUCAGAAUGCGCUCGAAGAUAUGGUUGAAACCAGUGAUAAGAAGUUGCAAUGUUUAUGUUUUAUACUUAAUUUUAUAGUUAACACUUUUUUAUCAUUUGAAUACUUUGUCUUUAUUUCAUUAAAACUUCUUUUUAAUAUGUAUUAACGUAGUUGUUUAGAUUUUGUCUUAAGCUUUUAUAAACUUUUAAUGAAUGUUGAACUUAUGUUGUCAGUCCUACAUAUGUUAAAGAACAUGUAUAGUGCACAAAAUGGUUUUACAGAAUUUACACAGUGACACUGAGUGGUACACAGUCACAAGAUUAAUUGCAAUAUAAAAACGAGAGACAUCUUUAAGACAUAUAUAUUGGAUUCAGACAACAGGGAUAUGAUGACCGAAUGAUGUAUAGACUCACUGGUUACAUACUUACAUCACCUUUCCC